CUUAAAAACAAAAACAAAUUCUCGAAACUUGUAAAAUUUUUAAUUAAAAAUGAAGAAAAAACGCAGCAUUUUAUUAGUAAAACCGCAAUCAGACGAAAGUGAUGCCAGUGAGGAGCAACUGGAGAAUGGAAAUAACGAAAAUGGCGAAGAAGAAAAGGAAGACGUUGAAAUGGAAAACGAACAAAGUGCUGAGGAAGAGACAAACAACGAGCCAGAAGUCGUAAAAAAAGAGAAAAAACGCAAACCGGGCAUCAUUUACAUUUCUUCCAUCCCAAAAUAUAUGAAUGUGACGCUACUUCGCGAGCACUUGGAACCAUUUGGCGAUUUAGGAAGAGUUUUCUUACAACCUGACAAAAAAUUUCAAUAUCGCAAGAAAAAAGCCAACAGCACAAAAAAUCUAGCAAUUCAUUUCACCGAAGGCUGGGUCGAGUUCCUCAGUAAGCGACGUGCCAAAUUCGCCGCGGAAAAUCUCAACAACAAACCAAUAUCAACGAAGAAAAAUUCCCGUUUUUGCGAUAUUUUGUGGAGCAUGAAGUAUUUGCCGCGCUUCAAAUGGGUCCAUUUGAGCGAAAGACUCACGUACGAGAAGCAAAUGUACAAACAAAAGUUGCAAGCGGAAAUUUCGCAAGCACGCAAAGAGGCCAACUUCUUCCAAGCGAACCUUGACAAGAGCGAACACGUCAAAAAAGUCAACAAGAAAAAGGCCAAAGAGGAACGGAAGAAAAAUAAAGUUACAGAA